AUGGCUGCGAAUAAUCCUCGGAAAUUCGAGGAAAAGAUCGCUCAGCACAAGCUGAGACAGGCUCAGGAGACGAAGGAGUUUGAGAAGAUCAUGGAGGAAAUGUCCUUUGUGAAUGUGAGUGGGGUUUUUGUGCGAAUUAUGCCCGCCAAAACAGGCUUAAUUUCGAGCGAAUGUUCUGUUGUUAUCUUUUAAUAGGCGAAGGCGCAUAACCAACGACAGACUCGCGGCAGAUACGGUGGUUCUCUGCCCGAUUUUAACUUAGCCCAAAGCCAAAGCGCUCGGCACGUAAGUACGACAGUCGUGUGUUUAUUUGUGAAUGGAAAUAUAUGAACUAUAUGUUGAUCUCGUGCCGUAUAAUUUGUCUUGCAGGAGAGUCUCAAUGAUAUGACGGUGAGGCAAAACAUGGACAUCCAGCCGCCUUUAAAAGAUAGGCCAUACCAUCCGAGGAAUCGACUUAUGACAACAAACAGGCGGCAUAAUAUAUCCUUUUCACGUAACGUCUACUAUAGACGAAUUCACUUUAUGUUGGUCCAUGACACGCAACGUUAAUACCGAGUAUGUUGGGCUUGAGGGCAGUCAUUCAUGACUUUUGUGUGGUAUUAAAAUUAAACAUUGCUUUGCCCGUAAUAUUCAUUACUAAUAAUUACUACAGAAAAACGGCAAGUGGAUAGGCUAAGGAUCGUUUGUAAAACGUCAGCGUUUAGGUAAAGAUACCCAAAGGAUUAACUUGAAUACGAGUACUCAGCCCAAAGUACAAAGCUGUGUACUUAGAAUUGGUGGCAAACGAAAGCUUUCGUGCAAGCUUCUACACCAUUUAUUAACGAUCGUCACGCUAAGUAAAGUUUGAAAUAUUUAACCUAGUCACCCCCUUGCCAUAGUAGCUCAUUCUGGUCAGUGUUAUGUCAAUGUUCAUUUUGUUUUUCUUGACGUUCCCCACAUGGAUACGACAGCACCGUACCACCAUUUCAGCCCGUAUUUAUCACCCCCACAAAUGGAAGCGAACUGGCGAAGGUUUGUUGCAAUUACUUGCUAGAAUUUUAAACAAAACCUUGUAUAUUUGUAUUGUACGGUUAAUUUUUCCGGAAUUACACGUAGCUUUCGAGAACACGAGUAAUUUUAGCUUGUGUUCAUUCAGCUAGCUUUGUAAUCGCUGUAUAAAAUACUAUAUGAUAACGUAAAGAUUAAUUUUGUCCGCCGGAAAAUUUGCUACAAAAGAAUGUUUGUGUUCUAUGAAUGUAAAAAUUAGAACUUUGUAAGCCAGCUAAAUGCAGAGGUGUUAAUCAAUUUUGAAUUUUUGUGAAAAAUCAACAGAAGCACGCAUUUCAUCGUGUGUUCAAGUAUUUUCGAUUUUGCAAGAGUGCCAGUUAUUCAUUAUUGAUGUCACGAAAGAAUUCGUUAAUGCGUUUUAAACUCAAAGCCAUGCUGUUCUAUGUUUAUAUACGUUACGUUUUGAUUCGAAAUCGUUGUUUUUAAAGUGACACGAGUGUAGAAUCCUGACCACAAGCUCACAUGUGUUGUGUUUUGUGCAUGAUCAAAAUGUGUACAUUUUUGUACUAUACAAAUAUAGUAGCACAAUUGAUAGUUUCUAAAAGUUGCUCAAAUUUCACUUGUUUAUAAUGCAAGCUGACAAGCAUAAAUUUUAUUUAUAUAUUUGUAUUAUGGAUAUUUCAUAAUAGAACCACUGUAUCAUGUAUUAUCAUGCUAGAUUACAUUGUUACUUCCUGUCAGCUGUUCUAUUUAUUCAAAGCAAACAGCAAGGAUUGCGAUGCCUUGGGCUUCUUGCGCUAACAAUACAUUUAAUGAAAACUCUGCAUGCUUUUGAAGCUAGAAUCUACAGUGAACGCUGUGAUAGAGGGACGUACAGAAGCCUUCUGUCGAUGUCAUCUCAUUUUGGUUAUCAAUUUUUAAAUUUGUUAUUGUUGUGGUAAAUACCCACAGAAAUAUUUCAGUGCAUAAGUGAGGAGAGUUUCUGUCAUUACAUUGAAGCAUCAUGCUUGGGGAUUUUAUUUUUGGAGAUCUUCUGAUGAAACUGUUGCAAGCUCAGUCUAUGGCUGGCACAGCCAGUAACUGCAGGCUUAACAAAAUUGCAAAGCAACUUUUGCAAUAUGUUAUAAUCCCAAAACAAUGUCCAGAUCUAUGCAUAACCUCUACAUCAGGCUGUAAAAUAAGUGUAACAAACUUUUCAAAUUAGGACGUCCUUAAAUUUGUCACAUAUUUUUUUAGGACCAGUUCAGACUCAUCUAUUUACCAUAACUUGACAAAUCCAAAUGGUUAGUACCACAAUGCUACAUGUAUUAUAUAUUUUCUAUUUGUAUAGGUGUAUAUAUUUACGUAAGAACUUGUUUAACAUAAAUAAAUAAAUACCAUGUUCACCGUUUUCAGGUAAUAGAAAAAUGAGUUCAUCGCCCGACAGCACAAGAGAGGUGAUUAUUACUAAUUGUUUAUAAUUAAUCAUUGACUGUGCAACGAACUUUCUUAAUAAUAUUUUGUAAUGUUAAACAGAGUUCCCGACACUUUCUCCUUGACAAGUUAAGUGGUUAACCUAUUUUGAGUGCCACCACUCUCCUCUUGAUGAAUACGAAAGUAGGGCAAAUAAGGGUGCAGUGCAAGUCAAUGGGUUAAAGGUCUUAGCAAUGAAAUGCAUCUUCUAUUAAUAUGCAACACGUUUCUUUGAAAUUGUGUGCCAUUCAUGUGCAUCACAUUAAAAACUGAAAUGCUGAGAUGACCUUUUAUUUCAGGUUGGAAGUUAUCUUGCCCCGAAAGACAACGAAAUUGAAGAUAUGAAGUAAGCAUUGUAACAGCUAAAUUAAAAUAAGUAAUAUGCCCUGAGCAAACUAUGAAACAUUGUUGCCGGAACAUUUGUGAUUUGUGAUGUUUCCUCAAAUGUUUCCCUGUUUGCCCACCCAUGGAAACAUUGUUGCGGA